GUCCGUACCAUCCUCCCACCGGGCUACAAAGUCCUUUCCAAAACCACCUGGCCCAACAUCAUUAAACCCCACCAGGGAACCAGGUUGGGUUUCCAUGUUGCUUCUCUGGAGGGAGGUAUUAUUUUUCCUCUUCGCCCCCUCCUUAUUGAAAUCUGUAAAAUGUUUCAUAAUUUGCCCGGUCAACUUACUCCAAACGCUCACCGGUUCUUAAAUUGUUUUGUUAAUAUCUGUGAAAAUCUGAAAAUCAACCCUUCCCUUGAGCUUUUCCUCCACAUGUACGAACUCUUGCCCGGGACUAGUAACUGCCCGAGCUUCGUCUAUUUCCAUUCCCGCAAUAAGAGGGGGUUUGUGACCGGUCUUCCCCCCAGCCAUAAGAGAUGGAAACAAAGAUUCGUUUUUAUUGAGUUUCCCUCUGACCAAUUUUCUUUCACUAACCCUGAGUGGGCUGACCGGGUAAUAAAACCUGAAAGGGUCCACCCGGAGCCUACCCCUGAGCUUGAGGAUGCCUGCGAGAAACUUCUCAAGGGUGAUCCUGUGACCGGUAAGCCAUACGCCUACGGUAGAUGGGUAUACCGGUUAUCUAACCCGGAUGGGGAUGUGUCUGCGACCCAUGACGCAGGAGAUGACCGGGCCAACUCCCCAGAUGGUCAUGCUGAGGCGAGUUCUCCUCAUCCAGACAUGAACUUCAACAGGAUGACCACCAUCAUCGAAGAUGACGACGAUGAUGUCCAAGUCCUCCACUCCAACCGGUCUCCUUUCUCCAACCCUCCUUCUCCUUCUCACUUCCCUGGAAUGGAUGGGGCCACAAGUGCCCGGUGUAGCCCUAUCCAUGAACAAAACCAGAAGCUGAAAUCUCCUUCAGCCAGGCAUUAUUCUGAGACUGACCGGGCUAAUCCCCCCAAAGUCCCGGUCCAAUCAGGUGUAAAGAGGCCGGCCGGGGUCAUUUCAGAGGAGAUUGGCCAAACAUUAAAGGAGAAGGACCAGGUCUCCCAACUCACCCUCCUCCUUGAUUCUGCUAAGUUGGAGAUCAAUGACCGGGCAGAAAGGGAGAGGAGACUUGAGGAAGAGUUGAAGGAAGAAAGGGUCCGGUUUGCCCUUUUGGAGGAGGAAAGGAAGAGAAAGGUUGUCGAGCUCGAGGAUGCGCUGGGCCAGGCUGAAGAAUCUGCCCGGGCAAAGGAGGAAGCCUUUCCCACUGAAGCUGCUCACUGGGCUGCAAGCCAUCACUUGGAAAUUGCCUGGUCAAUUCUCACCACACCGGAAGAAACCAUGGACUUUUUCAAGACCAUGUAUCAAGAACCGGAAGGCAAGAGGAUGAUCACCGAGAUUGGCUCAUACGGCUUCCAGUGUGGCCAGAAGGAUGAGAGGUCCCUUCUUUAUGCCAGACUUCUGAAGAGGGACCCUUCCUUUGACCCGGCCAAGAUGAAGCUCCCGGCUCUAUACAAGGAAGAGCCAGCUCCCCCCUUUCCCCUUGACUAGGUUAGGGUAUGUUUUCAAACAUUAAAUUUUCCCAAGGCCUGGGGGAUGUCCGGCCUACUUUUGAUUUGUAUGAAACUUAAAUCCUCUUGGCAUGCCUUUAUCUUUUACCGGUCGAUCUGCUUCAAUUUGCAUGGUUGAACUCCUUUUCUAUGCACGGUUAUUGAAUCUUGCAUGAUUGCUUUUCUUUUCUUUUUCUUGAUCGCCUUUGAAUGAACUUUCAAGUCAAUA